CACGGCAUUGAGUCAUCACAGAACCAUGGGAGUUGCAAACAGUGUGUUUACAGAAGUGGGUGUGGAGUUCAUUAUUCUGAUAUCUAUGUGGUGUGUGUGUUUGUGAGUGUAGUGCAGGAUCUGGCACUUGGGCAACUCCCUGUAAUCAUUAGCAGGACUGAGGAAACCUCACCUGUUUCUUUCCAGGAGUCUCCUGCAGAGAACGUAGGCCCAGGGGAUGAUGGGAUUGAGAGCCUUGCUGAACCGCCAAGCGUCUGUGAGAAAGUGACAUGCAGCCCCGCCGCGCCAGAGACGGGUGACGGGACGGCCCCCCCGGGGGGGGCGGAGCCGGGGGACGGGCCUCCUGACGACGCCGCUCUGCCAGAAGCGCCUGUGGAGAGCUUAGGCCCAGAGGGCGAUGGGAGAUGUAGUCCAGCUGAGAUGCCAGGUCUCUCUGAGGAAGUGACAGGGCCUGUUGCCGAGGAACGGCGGGAGGAGGGAGGGUUACCCGCUGAAGCGGCUCUGUCCGAGGAGGGGCUGCAGGUCUGCCAGGAAACCAGGUCAGAGGGAUCCGCCCCCUCUAGCCCCUCUGCAUUAAGCCCCUCCCCGUCCAGUCAUGUGCCUUUGAUCUCCGACCAGGAGAGUCACGCCCCUUUUAGCCUGCACACUGAUGCUUGUGCAGUCACCAGUCCAUGCUCUGACACUGACGGUCUCAUCCCCGUUAGCUCCGCCCCUGAUAUCGACUCCCACAUAAGCUCCGCCCCUGAGCUCCUUGCAGCUGAUAUCCCCGCUCAUGAUAUCGACUCCCACAUAAGCUCCGCCCCUGAGAUCCUUUCAGCUGAUAUCCCCGCUCAUGAUAUCUACACCCACACAAGCUCCGCCCCUGAGCUCCUUGCAGCUGAUAUCCCCGCUCAUGAUAUCUACACCCACACAAGCUCCGCCCCUGAGCUCCUUGCAGCUGAUAUCCCCGCUCAUGAUAUCUACACCCACACAAGCUCCGCUCCUGAGCUCCUUGCAGCUGCUAUCCCUGCCCAUGAUAUCUACACCCACACAGGCUCCGCCCCUGAGAGUCUUGCCCAUCUUAGCUCCGCCCCUGAUACCGACACUGACGUAAGUCCCGCCUCUGAGCCCCCCACCCUUGAGAGCCAACACCCAGCCUCCGUCCCGCCUGCGUCUGUCCUUGAAUCACAGGAAGGGGAGGAGCCCCAAAAGGAAGAGGUGAUGCCUGAGCCUGCUCACAUCCUGGCAGAUGUUGUACCUCCAGAGGAUAUUCGUGGUGACUCCUAUGAGGCAGCGGAGGGGGAUGGGCUGAGGAGAAGGCACGUGCCACCCCCCGCCCAUCCAGAACCACCGCGGAGAGCGAGGGACGAGGAGGAGGAGGAAGAAGAGGAGGAGUUCCACCUGAUCGAGAAGAAGAAGGAAGAAGGGGGCUGGUUCUCUCUGAACAAGUGCAUUGUGGGAGCUCUGGUUCUGCUCUGCCUGGGGUCCAUAAUAUUUACAGGUUACUUCCUUGACCUGGAUGACGAGGAGGACUUCGCCCCGCCGAGAGACCAAGAGCUGCACGGAAAACAGGAUCGGCUUAACCCCGACGGCAAACUUCCAGACCCUAAGGAGGUGUCACAGCUACUGGGCAAACUUGCAGAAGACAACCAGCAGAUGGCGAUACUUCAGGCACAGCUACAGAAGGAGGAGCUGGACUUGGUGCUGCACAAGGCUGAGGAGACAGGGAAGGAGGCCCCUGCUGGCCAGAUUGAAAACCACACCUCAGUGCACAGUGGGCUUUGGGAGGAGCAGAACGUGCCGGCCUUGGAGGAGGGCGACACGGGACAGGAAGGGGCACAAUUGGGGAGAGGCCCGGGGAAUGGAGCGAGGGAAGAGGAGGAGGAGAGGAAGACGGAAAGGGUGGAGAAGCCAGCGGGGAGGGAUGGGGAGAGGAAGAGAGAGUGGGAGGGGAGAGUGAGGGAGGUCAGGAGGGUAGGGCAUCAGGAAAAGGUGGGAAAGAAAGGGAGGGAGGAGAGCAAAGAGUGGAGGCAUAGGGAGGAGAGAAAGGAGAAGAGAGAAGAGAGUGAUUGGAAACACAGGAAGGACGGAGAGAAAAAAAAGCACAGAGAGUGGAAGGAGAAGGUGGAGAAGAGGCGAGCUUGGGAGAAAGGGAGAGAGUGGUACAAAGGCGGUGAGAGAAAAAGAGAGGGAGCGUGGAAGGAUAAGACGGAGAGGAAGGACCAGAGGCAUGACAGAUGGCGGGCGGAGAAAAAAGAAAAAGACUGGAAGGCGCAGAAAGAGGGAUGGAAAGCGCAGAAAGACUGGAGAGAGGAACGAGGGAUGGACAAAGACAAGAGCAAGAAGGAGAAGCACUGGCAGGGCUCGGUGGCGAAGAAGCCGCUAGCCUUGGACCACGUCGACUACUGGAAGCGGCAGCAGGAGAAACUGCGGAGGAACCGCCCCCCGGUGGACUGCAGGGGUGCUGCGGAGUGCGCCCGGAAGGAGAGGCUCGUCCCUGUGACGCAGGCGGAGUUCCAGGCCCUCCUGGGGUCCUACCUGGGCAAGCUCGGGGACGGCGCCCGAGAGAGCAAGGCCGCCGUCCUGUCGCUGGUCGAGGAGUUCUUCGCGGACGGCCUCUUCGCUCACCACAAGGUCCCGUUCCGGGAGUUCGCGGAGGACGUGGCGGACGUGCUGGAGGACGUGGCGGAGGGCGACCGCCGUGCCGAGGAGGAGGUGGAGGAGUUCGAGAGGGAGGCGCUGAGGAGGUUCGCCGUGCCUGGCGGAGGAGAGAGGGAGGGAAGGAGGAGGGGGAAGGAUGGAAGGAUGUGGGGCUGAAAGGAAGAGGAGAGAUGGAGAAGGAGAGAGAGAGAGAGGAAACGGGGCUGGGGUAGAAGUAGAGAGAGGGAGGGAGUGGGCUGUCGAUAGGCGUUGCCGAUGUGUAGUUUCAGAAAUUAGCUUCAGAUGUUAGUGGUAAAGUGUGGAAGCACCGCACCAGAGCAGUUGCUGAGCACUGAGCCUGGUGCAUCACAAAAGGACGUGACCCUGAACGUCAGCCGUUCCCAAAACAAGUCCCAGGGAAUCGGCCAUCACCUCUACCUCUUCUACACUGUUACCAACGGCCUUUUGUGAAUCCACUAGAGCUCUUCAUACAGUCAACAACUUUCUAAUCUGACCUGAAGCAAUAUCCCUCACACUGAAUGUGGAGGACUGAAAAGGGGAGAACAUUCUGCAGCAGGAAGUGGGAACACCUAUUGGGAGGUGGGGACAUAGAGUUAGAGUAAUCGGGAAAGCUCAUUGGGUAAAUACUGUUGAGGUGCGGCGUGGGAUAGGGCGGUGUAGAUCUCCUGUCCAAUCAGAACUGAAUCGGUUUUUCGUUGGGUACCUCAGUACUAGCGCUCAGUCAGACGCAAAUACAAACCCGCUGCUUCACAUUAGCCAAGUUAACCCACCGCCACUCGCCUGUGGUCAUGGAGGGCCGUGAUGCCUGUAGGUACGGCGUCUUUCCUGCCAGGCACUUAACCACGUGAUCCAGCCAAUCAUUGGCACUCUGCUCUGAACCGAUUUUAGCCGCCAUCCAAUCUGCUUGGAGUUUUCUGGAAAGCUGUCUGGACAAAGGCCACCUGGAACUGGAGUUGAGCAACAGUCAUUUCAAAUGUUUUGUUUUUUUUUUUGCCAGUGAAGACUCUCAUUCACCAAGCGCCUUUCGAAGUGGAAUUCUUUCUCCUUGUUUUCUUUCCUUUCUCAAAUGUUUCAGAUUCUUUGGAUUUUGUAGCGGCAUGGUUCCUGUUUUUAUCUGUAAAGGAGAUUGCUGGUCAAAAAUCUAAGGGGUACACAACCAGUAACACAAUACUGUGUUCCAGGAGGGUUGGUGUGUUUUUGUGGAUUCCACUGGGGCGUAUCGGCUAGCUGAUUAGUUUAAAUACGCCAGCAAUCAGUCCUCAGUUAAACAUUGUGAAGACAUUUGAGGAUAUGGGUAGUCUUCAGCUAUCAUUCAUGGACUUUCCAGCAAAUGUAGCUAAAAUGUCAGGUCAUGCAAACGAAGAGGACUAAUUAGGAUAGUAUGUAGCAAGAAAUUCAGAAAUGUAAUCUGCCCUCAUUGUUUAAUAGAAUGUGAGAUUUUCUCUUGUAAAUUUUCAGUGUCCUGGUUUUUCAUUUUUUUAGUGUCAGCAAGCACAAACUGGAGAUUGGCGUUCUCGCUGUGUUUUUCCGUGCAAGUCUGCUUGUUGACUUGCUGACAGAGCUGGUCACAACAACUGAGGUGAUUUUUUUCUUUUUUUUUUUUCCUGGAACAUUUCCCCCAUUCAGUCACAUGCCCGGUUGUGGAAAGCUGUUGGGCUUGAGUUAUGCACUUAAUGAGAAGGACUGGAUUCUUAGUUCACGAGAAAACCCUCAAAAAGCUCGGAUAAACGUGUACGCAACGCAACACGGCACAUGGAAUACAGUCUGCGUCUCUGACCGGUGUUGACCUUUAAGCCUGGUACACUUCAGUUAUGUAGAUCAGGCUGAUAGGCUCUCCUUGUUUCGGAAUGCCAGAGCCUCUUCCGAUUUUCAGUUUUUACCCAAACCCUUUAACUGCAUAACUGGGCAUGACGGUGGCCUAAUUGAAUUUAGCCGACCACGUGCCCAAGCCUGUGUGUCCUAUCCGGAAGAUGCCUGGUUACUCCGCACAACCGCAGCUCUCCAGGGACCGGGACGUCCUGGUGCAGCCGAGGGUUGAGUGACAGCGGCGGUUUAAAGUUCCCUUUUGUUUCGCCAUCCAGUGCUUCGUGUUGUUUUAGGUAGCCUAGUAUUCAGCCAACUAGGGGCUCUGUUUGGAAAUGAAGGAAUUGAUGUAAUACGAGGAGUCUUGUAGCGUGCGUAGCAUUCAAUGCUAGUGUGUGUGUGUAAUUAAAUUAGCGAGGUGGCUGUGGUAGAAGUAAACAGCGCUCUCCGUGGAAUGUUCUCAGAUGAAGUAGGGGCGUUGGUGUGCGUUCGGUCACGUGAUACGCCACGCCUAAAUCUAAAGCGAGCUGCGUCUCUUAAACUCCGUCCCGUCCGGCGCAGCUGCGACGGCAGGCUCUCUCUAGAGUUACUACUGACGCGCGUUCACGCUUUGGCUAAAGUUUAGAUUUGUGUUUUAAAUUCACACCUGUUGUGCACGGGGAGGGGGGGGAGCCAGUUGUUUGACCUGAUAUUAAACGGCUCAAACCA